GGGACUCUGAGCGAGUUCGGACGAAGGAAGCUCGGCGGCCCCUGUCUAAGGAGGAGGCGGCGGCUGUGGCUGCCCUCCUAUCAGGCUACCGAAAGAAGAUCCUGGGAGGAGCAUAAAAGACUGCUGGGAUAGCCCGGAUGCCCCUGCACUUUCCACCUGCAGCAAUGCAGACAUAUUCUGCCGAAUAAACGCGAUGUUAGACAGCUCCUUGGAUUUCAGUGGCGUCUGCACCACACCUGCCACAAAAAGCAAACGUGACAUCCUGCCAGACUUGCAGGACUCUGAAGAAGCAGUGGCGAGCAGGAUGCUUUUCCCUACGUCCACACAAGAGUCUUCCCGUGGCCUCCCAGACACCAACGAUCUGUGCCUUGGCCUGCAGUCCCUCAACCUGACAGGGUGGGACAGACCCUGGAGCACCCAGGACUCUGAGGCUGCAGCACAACCCAGCACACAGUCCGUUCUCAGCAUGCUGAGUAACCCUCUUGGGAACGUCCUGGGGAAGCCCCCGCUGGGUUUCCUGCCUCUAGACCCCAUCGGAUCCGACCUGUCAGAAAAGUUUUCCACACCCACACUAAGGAAUUCCCGCCUGGACUCCCUCUCCCUCCUGGAAUCCCGCUCCAGCAGCCCCUCCGACUCAGACACCAGCGGCUUCAGCUCUGGCUCUGACCACCUCUCAGACUUGAUUUCAAGCCUUCGCAUCUCCCCACCUCUGCCCUUCCUGCCCCUCGGUGGGGUGUCAAGAGACCCCUUAAAGAUGGGAGUGGGAUCCCGGUUGGAUCAAGAUCAAGCUGCCCUGGCUACAGUAACUUCUGCCCCAGCUGGAGCAUCAAAAAGAUGGCCUGGAGCAUCUGCAUGGCCUUCCUGGGAUCUCCUGGACUCUCCAGAGGACCCCUUCAGUAUCGAGAGAGAAGCUAGGCUGCACAGGCAAGCAGCAGCCGUGAAUGAAGCAACCUGCACCUGGAGUGGGCAGCUGCCACCCCGGAACUACAAGAACCCUGUUUACUCCUGCAAAGUGUUCCUGGGAGGAGUCCCCUGGGACAUUACGGAAGCUGGACUGAUGAACACCUUCCGUGUGUUUGGCUCCCUGAGUGUGGAGUGGCCUGGUAAGGAUGGCAAACACCCACGCUGCCCUCCCAAAGGUAAUAUGCCUAAAGGCUAUGUCUACCUGGUGUUUGAGUCAGAGAAAUCCGUGCGUGCUCUGCUCCAGGCAUGCUCCCAGGACCUGCUGAGCCCUGAUGGACUCAGUGAAUACUACUUCAAGAUGUCCAGCCGCAGGAUGCGCUGCAAAGAGGUGCAGGUGAUCCCCUGGGUGCUGGCAGACAGCAACUUUGUGCGCAGCCCCUCGCAGCGGCUGGACCCCAGCAAGACAGUGUUUGUGGGGGCUCUGCAUGGCAUGCUGAACGCAGAGGCCCUGGCAGCCGUCAUGUACGACCUCUUCGGGGGGGUGGUCUACGCUGGCAUCGACACCGACAAGCACAAGUACCCCAUCGGGUCUGGCCGUGUCACUUUCAACAACCAGCGCAGCUACCUGAAGGCAGUGACUGCUGCCUUUGUGGAGAUCAAAACUACCAAGUUUACCAAGAAGGUUCAGAUUGACCCAUACCUGGAGGACUCCAUGUGCCAGGUCUGCAGCACCCAGGCUGGUCCAUUCUUCUGCAGAGACCAGAUCUGCUUCAAGUACUUCUGUCGCUCCUGCUGGCACUGGCAGCACUCCAUAGAGGUCCUGCGCCACCACCGCCCAUUGAUGCGCAACCAGAAGAACAGAGACUCCAGCUAAGGAAGCUGCCCAGGGACAGGCACAGGAGCAAAAGUCCUUUUUGUUUUUAGUUUUAUUUCUAUUUUGGUUUGGGUUUUUUUUUCUGUUUUCUUUUUUUUCUUUUCCUUUGGUGUGACCCUGCCAAGCGAAGAGCAGCACACGAGCGUGGUGCCAGACCCGGGCUGGGAACGUGCUUCCGGAGGACUUCAUGGGGGGAGGGGGGGAACAAAAACAAACAAAACAAGGACAGGAAAAAAAAAAAGAAAAAAACUUAAAAAGGAAAAAAAAAAGAACAAAAAACAAAUGAAAAAAAAGACAAAAAAAAGACCUUCAGUUCACGUUUGCACUUGCUGGUCUUUCUGUUCCUGCACUAAUGCACAGUGAGUUCUGUUGGGGUUGGUUUUAUUUUUUGGGGGAGGGAGGGCUGGGGAAGAGGUUGAGUUGUUUUGGGGAGGGUUUUGUUUUGGUUUGUGUUUUUUUUUGAGGGGGAGGGGAGCACCCCUCAAAGCGAUUCCACAGUUUCCCAGACUUUGGUUCUUAGUUUGAGAAGCAACAACAAAAAAAAAAAGGACAAAAAAGAACUGACCAAAAAAAAACCAACCACAACCCAACAAAAAGAAAAAAAACAGGCUACUGAGGAUCCAAAACCCACCCAAACUCUUAAGUCGAAGGGCCACGUGUUGAGAAGGUGUUGCUGCAGAUGCCUUCAGCCAGGUGUUUGCUGUGGGAGCAGAGGCGCUUCUUUGCCAUUCCUUGCACUACCGGCGGGUGCCAGCGCAGGGCUCAUCGGCUCCGUUUCUUUGCAGUUGCCAUACAGUGCCUUUCCAUUCAUUUAAACCAACCACCCCCUCCACACACCGCACACCUGAACGGGCAUCCAAACCCUUGGAAUGUUCAGCUGGGUGUUUUUUACUGGAACAACAAAAAGGAGAACUUUUUUGCUCUUCAUUUAAAGAAAAAAGAAAUAGAUUAUAUAUAUAUAGAUAAAGAAAAAAGAGAUAAAAAAAUCAUAUUUCAUAUUUUACGCCUCAAGGGUUUUUACCAGUUCCUUUUUACACUCUUAAAGGAAAAAAAAAUAACAGUUUUUAAGUGGUUUGAAAUGAGAAAUGUUCCUUGGUUUUUUUCCUUUGUUGUUUGGGUUUUUUUUUCUUUUCCUUUCCUGGCAGCUUUUAACAUUCUUGCAAGUUGUGUCUGGGGGCUGCUGGAGGGAGGUUGUAAAUCCAGGGGUUUGCAACAGGACUGCUCGGGGUUGGUUGGACAGGUUUCGUUGGUUUUGUUCUGGUUUUGGUUGGGGUUUUAGUUUUGUUGGUUUCUUUUUUUUUUUUUUUUUUGGAGGGGGACAGGGGUGGGGUUGAAACUGGACCAGAUAAAGGAAAGAUCUGAGCUGCUGUAUAUAGUUUUAAAUAGUUUGUUUGCACUUCUUUAAGUUGCACUUGCCAAGGGGGUUGAUGGAGGUUUUUAAUCACUCGAAGUCACAGGACUUUUCCUUUUCCUGUUUCUUUUGUAACUAGCUAAAAAAGGGCUGCAUCUGGGCGGACAGAUGAAGGUUCAGAGGAGCCCUUUCUCUUAGAGGGGACAAGGACUUGUGGUUUGUGUGGUUUUUUUCUCUCUACCAGAUGUACAGAGUUAACCAUGCAGUUGACUGAGAUGCUGCUGCUGGGAUCUGAGAACUUUAAUCAUUGAUUUUUUUUACUCUCCCCUCUAUCAGAAGCUGUGUGCCAAAGAACCAGUGUCAUAAUUUUCUCCCUCUUGAGUUUUCUUUUGUUGUUAGGAUAUUUUUCCCCCUGUUGUUUUUCCUUUCCUGCUGAGCUGAUGUUGCAUUGUUGCAUAUCCCAGCUGCUCUUUGUGGGGUUUUGUGAAGCUGUGUGUGAAGUCUCUACCUCAUUGUAGUAUAUGCAGGCAAGACUGCACUCUCCUACAGAUGCGUGGAGUAAGCUGUGGUGUAGUUUUUGGCACAUAAUAAACACGUUGCAGCAAAACAA